AUGACACUUGAAGCAACAAUUGUUUGUUUAGAUAAUUCAGAAUGGAUGAGAAAUGGUGAUUUUACACCAUCAAGAUCAGAAGCUCAAAAAGAUGCUGUUAAUUUAAUUUGUGCAUCAAAAACACAGUCAAAUCCUGAAAGUGCUGUUUCUAUUAUGUCAAUGGCUGGUAAAAAACCAGAAGUUUUAGUAACAUUAACACAAGAAUUAAGUAAGAUUUUAUCAGGAGCUCAAGAAUUAAAAAUUAAUGGUAAAAUUGAUUUCUCAACAACCAUGCAAAUUGCUCAACUUGCACUUAGACAUAGACAAAAUAAUCAUCAACAUCCAAGAAUUAUAGCAUUUGUUGGUAGUCCAUUAAAAGAAACAAAAGAAGAAUUAAUUCAAUUAGCAAAACGUUUAAAAAAGAAUGGUGUUGCUGUGGAUAUUAUUAACUUUGGUGAAGUUACUGAAAACUCUGAUAAAUUAGAAGCCUUUAUAAACGAUGUAAAUAAUAAUGAUGAAAGUCAUUUACUUACAGUACCACCAGGACCACAUAUUUUAUCUGAUAUCAUUUUACAAUCACCAAUUGUUGAAUCAGGUUCAGGUCAAUUUGGUAGUGAAUUUAUUAAUGCAGAUACAGAUCCAGAUCUCGCAAUGGCACUUAAGCUCUCAUUGGAAGAGGAAAAACAACGUCAAGAAAGAGAAAGAAAAGCAAGAGAAGAAGCCAAUGGUGGUUCAACCAAUUCUGGUACUACCACUACCACUGCACCAACUGAAUCAAAUAUGGAUGUAAACUUUGAAGAUGAUCCAGAACUUGCUGAAGCUUUAGCAUUAUCAAUGGCCACUGAUAAAAUGGAAGUUCAAUCAUCAACCACCAACACAGAUUCACAACCACCACAACAACAACAACAACCACCAACUGAUGAUACUUCAUCAGAGGCUUUCAAAGAUCAAGACUUUUUAAAUUCAACCUUAAAUUCACUUCCAGGUGUUGAUCCAAAUAGAAUCAAAAAUGCUUUGGAAAAUUUAUCUAAAAAGGAUGAAGAUAAAGAUAAAGAUAAUGAAAAAAAAUAA